AUGGCAAAGAAGAAUGCUCAGGAGGCCUACCAAAGGGUCCGGGAGGCUAAGGCGAAGUCCCGGGCUAGGUCCGGGGCGGUCACCUCUCCUCCCCCUCUACCUCCUCCUCCUAAGAAUACUGGCACUCCUACUCAACCUAUUGUGGUUAUUGAUGGUGCCAUUGUUGAUCCUCCUGUCCCCGAUGUCCUUUCUGAGUCAGAUUUAAAGACUCGGGGACAGAGGAUUAUAGAGUCUCCUCCUCGGCCCCAAGAUGCUCCGAGCACUUCAACUCUUACUCCGACUUCCUCUUUGGCUCCUCCUCCUGGUCCUGGUGGUGUUCCUCCUGGUGGUGAUGAUUCCUCUACUCCGUCCAAAAAAUGA